UUAUAAAGAGCAGUUGAUGCUGUUUAGUACACUGUAGUAUAUAUUCCAGAGUUUUUACUCUUUUUAAAAAAUAGAUUUCGUGUGACUUUACAGCGUGGCACGCGUUUCUGCGGGACCGUAAUACUGAAGGGACGUGUAGUUUUUGUGGACUACAGACGCUAUGGCGGAGGCGCUGAUUCCCGCAGCGGAGCUCUCGAAGCCCGGCGCUGAUUCUGCGGCUGCUGCUGGAGCCAUGGAGAAGUCUGACUUUGAGGCGGUUCCUGCACUGAAUCUGGGGGAUCUGGACAUCACCACAGACGAGUUCAUCCUGGACGAGGUGGACAUUCACAUUCAAGCGAAUCUGGAGGAUGAUCUGGUGAAGGAGGCGCUCAAGACGGGUGUGGAUCUGCGGCAGUACUCUAAACAGGUGGAGACGGAGCUGCAGCGCAUCGAACAAGCAUCAAUCAAGGACUAUAUCAAAGAGAGUCAGAAUAUUGCCUCUUUACACAACCAGAUCACCGCCUGUGACUCCAUACUGGAGCGCAUGGAGGGCAUGCUGAGCAGCUUCCAGAGCGACCUGUCCUCCAUCAGCAGCGAGAUCCAGACGCUGCAGCAGCAGUCGGUCAGCAUGAACCUGAGGCUGAAGAACCGGCAGGCCGUGCGCAGUCAGCUCAGCCAGCUGGUGGACGAGCUGGUCGUUCCCAGCACCAUGAUCUCUGUGAUUCUGGACAGUCCUGUGACGGAGCAGGAGUUUCUGGAGCAGCUUCACGAGCUCAACAGCAAGAUCAACUAUGCUAAAGAGCUCAGCUUCAGAGAAACCCUCGCCUGCUCCGACAUACAGGACAUCGUAGAUCGCCUCAAAAUGAAAGCCGUCUCAAAGAUCCGUGAGUUCAUCCUGCAGAAGAUCUACUCCUUCAGAAAGCCCAUGACCAACUACCAGAUCCCUCAGAACACGCUACUCAAGUUCAGGUUUUUCUAUCAGUUCCUGUUAGCCAAUGAGAGGACAGUCGCUAAGGAGAUCCGGGACGAGUACGUGGACACCAUGAGCAAGAUCUACUUCAGUUACUUCAAGUCCUACAGCGGCAGACUGCUGAAAGUCCAGAUCACACGCCGCUAUGCUGAAUUCUCCUCUGCUGUGGUCAGUAUAAACCAGACCUUCCCCAACGAGAGGACCAUCGCUCUUCUGGGACAGCUGCAGGUGGAGGUGGAGAACUUUGUGCUGAAGAUGGCGGCUGAGUUUCCCUCUAGACGAGACCAGCUCAUCUUCCUCAUCAACAACUACGACAUGAUGCUCGGCGUGCUCAUGGAGCGAGCAGCGGACGACAGUAAAGAGGUGGAGGGCUUCCAGCAGCUGCUGCUGGCCAGAACACAGGAGUUUAUCGAGGAGAUUCUUUCUCCUCCGUUCGGAGGGAUGAUUACAUUCGUGAAGGAGAGCGAGGCCCUCAUGGAGAAAGGGCAACUUGACAAACUCAGAACCGAUGAAGCUCGUAUCACGCAGCUGGUGCGGGGUUUCUCCAGCUCGUGGAAGCAGUCUGUGGAGGCCCUGAGUCAAGACGUCAUGCGCUCCUUCACCAACUUCAAGAACGGAACCAGCAUCAUUCAGGGAGCGCUGACCCAGCUCAUCCAGUACUAUCAUGGUUUCCAUAAGGUCCUCUCCCAGCCGACCUUCCGCAGUCUGGCAGUGCGCUCCGAGCUCAUAAACCUCCAUCAUCUGAUGGUGGAAGUCAAGAAGCACAAGCCAAACUUCUGAAGUCGCACUUGAAUCUUGAAACUGUUUUAGCUUAUCAGGUAAAAGUAACUGAAAGAUGUUUUUUUUGUUGUUGUUUUUCUGGAAAUCAAGACAUUAAAAGUAUGAUAUUUUGUAGUAAAGGUUGAUUUUCAGUCGUUGAGUAUUUUGAGCACUAAUCUUUUUAUUUGGUCAGUCUUUUGUUUUUGGUUUGCCGAUUAUGGGCUCUUUUUCCAUUAGAUGCAUUUGUAAUUUUAUCUUUAAUAUGAUUUGAUUUCUUUGAAUGUUUCAUCUGUAAAUUCAGUUGCAGCUUCUCUAAAUGUUUUUGUGUAUAAACUGGCAUCUUUUGGUUUCUCACACACGUCUCUGAAAGUAUGUGUGCACUGUUGCCGUAUUUAAGUUAUAACGAAGAAAAGCAUUCCAUGUCUCGAAAUAAAACAUAUUAGAUUGAACGUCUCUGAAAA